AUGGGCGAGCUGAGUCUGGUCCAGAUCGCCUUGAUUGUCGCUCACUUUAUCGCGAUUGGCCUGGGAUACGCCCUGCUGAUGGCCGGCGCGCAGAGCGGUGGGCCAUCCGCAGCCGAGGCAGAAGCUGUGAACCGCCACUCGGAGAUCAAGCCGAGUGUUGGCCAGCUGCAGUGGCGGGUUGUCCUCGGCAUGGGUCCGUUUGCUGCCGGAUCUAUUUCCAUUCUCUUUCUCCCCAUCCUUCGCUCGAGGUGGUACACCAUUCUCACAGGCAUCCCGUUUGAGCGCCGCAUCGUCAUCCAUCGCAUCUUUGCCCGCCUCUUUGUUGGCCUCAUGCUCGUCCACGGCGUAGGCGUCCUCGUUCUCUCCGAGUUUGAAGGCCUCGCCUUCCCCUCGCACAAUAGUGCUGGCCUCAUUGCCAUGCUCCUCUUUCUGUUUGUGGCGGCGACCGCGAUCGAGCCCAUCCGCAGGGCCCACUUUGACUUUUUCUUCCGCUCGCACUACGUCUUUAUCGCCGCCCUGGUUGCCACCUUCUUCCACGCCCCGCUCAUCACCAUCCUGGCGUGUGCUCCAGUCUUUGUCUGGGGCUGCGUUGCACUCCUCCGGGUCGCUCUGGUCCUCCGCAACAGGACUACGCUCGUCUCGUGCCGCACCCUGCCCGGCGAUGUGACCGAGCUUGUGCUCGCCCGCGAUGGCUUCCAUGCCGAGCCCGGCCAGUACGUGUUCAUCGGCGAUCCACUGCUUGGCUGGGAGCUGCAUCCAUUCACCGUCUCCAACUACGCGCCGCGGGGCGGGACAGACCUCCGACCGGCCGGCACGAUGCGGUUUCUGAUCAAGGCCGCUGCCCUCGGCCCCAAGCCGCGCGAGUGGACCUCGCAGUUGUACAACGCCGUGGCUGCCUGGGAAGCCACUGGUGCUGCGAGUGACUCGUCGAGCGAGAGCAGUUUCAACUCGCAAGCGGCGCACCUGUCGGGCUCGCAGCGACGGACGCUCGCAGCGCGCGGCGACGCCCCGCUGCACAUGCGGUUCGAGGUCCUGGUCUCGGGCGGCAUUGGCGUGACGCCCAAUGCCGCACUGCUGGAAGCCCUGCUUGCGCCCGAUGGGCCGUACGGGCGGCCGGAUAAGAUUGUUUUCGUCUGGUCCUCCCGAGGCGCCGACCCGUUUGCCACCUGGUUCCCGCACCUCCUCGCUGCCGCCGCAGAUGACGACUCAGUCGAGCUCGAGCUGUACGACACGAGCGUGCACACCAAGAGCGACGACUCACCGUCGCGGCUUCGCUCCCGGCGAAUCCAUCCUGACUCUUCAAGCUCGGCCGGCUCGUCACCGUCGUCCAGCGCCAGCGAGGAGCAGGAGGCACGGCGGCGCGCGACUUCGUCAUCGUCAUCAUCGUCUGAAGACGGCUACAGCUCCGCUGUCUCUGUGUCGACCAGUCUGUGCGACUCGCUGGAUGUCCGCGGCGGUCGGCCGGACAUUGGUAGUCUUCUAGCCGAGCUCCCGGAGCGGGCUGGUGUCUUUGUGUGUGGACCGAUGGCGCUGGUUGACGCCACAGUCGCGGCGUGCAGCGAGUUUGGUCACCACGUUCACACCGAGUCGUUCCUGUUCUGAGUCGAUGUAAAUUGAAAGGCGCAG